ACAAAAAAUUACGCCUAAACAAGGCCUUCACUUCCCCACGCGAAUCGCUCCGCCUCCUCCCUCCGACCCUCCCUCCACACGCACGCACGCCCACUCCUCCCCUGCUUGGCUUCCGAGGACCCCGGUAUCCGCCUGCCGCUCCCCGCCGACGCGCCGCAGCAGCCAUUUUCCUUCCCCUGCUCGCGGCUGCUCGCCACCUCUCCUGGUUCUGGUUCUCGUCGCGGCGCGAAAGGAAGGCAGCGUCGUUUGGUGCUGUGUCGGGGUCCACCAACCCAACCCGGAGAUUCGCCUGCGAAAGGAAGGUGAUAAGGCGGGGUGCCCGAGAAUUGGCAAUAACUGCUGGAUUGCUGCUGGAGGCGCUCGAUUCCGCGUCCGGUUGGGAUUUGCUUGAUUUCGUCUCGAAUCGGGGCUCUCAUUGCCUCACUGGGCGCUCGAGCGCGCGUUUAUAUAGCGCAUUGGCCAGCGGUGGCUUCUCGCCGUCCGUCGCUGUGGGUGCUGAUGAUGAUGCAUUGAGUGGAGGCGAGGCGAUCCCCGCUGAUGUUCCAGGUGGUUGUUUUACGUGCGCUGGUGAAGAUGCCUCGCGGGGAGUCUCUUUGAUCGGGUGGGAGCCUCGCUCGCUCUCGAUGGUGUGCAAGGCGGCAAUGGGGAUCAAGGCGGUGGGAAAGCUCAGGUGCCCGUCGUCGGUGGCCGCCGCGGCGCGGUCAAGCUUGAAGCUGUGGAUGCUGCGGGCCACCACGACGGUCCUGCUCUGGACCUGCGUCGUGCAGUUCACGGCGGUAGGGAACACCUGGACCUGGGGGCCUCGCGUGCUCAAGGGAUGGCCGUCGUGCCGGACGGCGCGGGAGGCGGCCGCCGUCACCACCACCACGCGGCUUGCGAUGCCGGAGCCCGUCGUGGAGAAGGCUCCGCUGCCACCGAAGAGAAUUUAUCGAAACAAUGGUUAUUUGAUGGUUUCAUGCAAUGGUGGGCUUAACCAAAUGCGAGCUGCUAUAUGUGAUAUGGUUGUCAUUGCAAGAUCUUUGAAUGUGACUUUAAUAGUUCCUGAGUUGGAUAAAACAUCGUUUUGGAAUGAUCCAAGUGAAUUUCAGGAUAUAUUUGAUGUUGAACAUUUUGUAAUCUCUCUUAGAGAUGAGGUUCGCAUACUUAGAGAAUUGCCACCAAGGAUACAGCGAAGAGUGGGGCUAGGAAAGUUUCACUCAAUGCCUCCUAUUAGUUGGUCAGAUAUCUCUUAUUACCAUAAGCAGAUUCUACCUCUGAUUCGGAAAUACAAGGUACUCCAUCUUAAUAGAACUGAUGCUAGGCUUGCUAAUAAUGGUCUGCCUCUGGACGUCCAGAGACUGCGUUGCCGGGUGAAUUAUUCUGCACUGAAAUUUACAUCCCAAAUUGAAGAGUUAGGAAGGAGAGUAAUUAGAAUGCUUCGCCAAAAUGGCCCCUUCUUAGUUCUUCAUUUACGGUAUGAGAUGGAUAUGCUUGCCUUCUCUGGCUGUACUCAAGGUUGUACUCCUAAAGAAACCGAGGAACUUACAAGGAUGAGGUACGCUUACCCAUGGUGGAAAGAGAAAGUAAUAAACUCUUUUGUGAAAAGAAAAGAUGGCCUUUGCCCUUUGACGCCAGAGGAGGUUGCUCUUGUUCUUAAGGCAUUGGAUAUUGACAAAAGUAUGCAAAUCUAUAUCGCAGCUGGGGAAAUAUAUGGUGGAAAACGCAGAAUGGCUUCUCUUACCUCGGCUUACCCUAACGUGGUGAGAAAGGAGACACUUCUGGAACCUUCAGAUCUCAUGUUCUUUCAGAACCAUUCGUCGCAAAUGGCUGCUCUGGAUUACUUGGUAUCACUGGAAAGUGAUAUAUUUGUUCCCACAUAUGAUGGCAACAUGGCUAAAGUUGUCGAAGGACACCGGAGGUACAUGGGCUUCAAGAAAACAAUCCUGUUGGAUAGAAAACUUAUAGUUGAGCUGGUAGAUCAGUAUACCAGUGGAUCUUUGCGGUGGGAUGAGUUUGCUUCAUUGAUCAAGGCUGUCCAUUCCAACCGUAUGGGAUCAGCAACCACCAGGGCAGCGAUCCCUGACAGGCCCAAGGAAGAGGACUACUUCUAUGCCAACCCUCAAGAAUGCUUGCAAGGUCCCAAUAUGUUGCAAACAUUGUGAUCGAUGCUCUUGGCAUUCUUUUUGCACUUGGCAUGGCUGAACCUAAGAUGAUCCAUCAUAUCUCUGAACCUGCCAAAUGAAUGGCAUGCUUUUGUUAGCAGUCUAGAGCCAUGGAGAAGGCCUGUGAACGGGUUCUGAAACAAGAAAGAUGGAUAUUUGGCUUGAAUGUAGUUGGUACAUACUCCUAGGUGAUAGGCAAUGCUUGAAUGGACAGGCAAAUUGUUCUUUCUGUGGAUUAAACCAGCAAAAGCAGAGCUGAUGCUCAUGUACGAGUCAGUAGUAUAGAUGGUGCAGCAAGUCCCAAAAGUCAUCUUUGUAAGGGAGGAAAUUGCUAUUGUUUCAGAAAAGCAUAUAUAUGUGCCAA